GGUCGCGAUGUCAGUCAAUCGGAUUCGUCCCGAGUACUCUGGACCACCAGAACUGUACUACAAUGAGUCUGAAGCAUCUAAAUAUGCGUCAAACUCUCAUAUCGUCCGAAUUCAAACAGAAAUGGCUGAAAGAGCAUUGGAACUUUUGGCUCUGCCCGAGGACAAACCUGCCUUCCUUUUAGACAUAGGAUGCGGUACCGGCAUAAGUGGUAGUGUGCUCGCAGCUAAUGGUCAUGCUUGGGUAGGACUCGAUAUCAGUAGGCCUAUGCUCAAGAUAGCCAAUGAGGAUGAAGAAGAUGAUGACAAUAUUUGCGAUUUUGUGUGGACAGACAUGGGGACUGGUGUACCGUUUCGACCAGGAACCUUUGAUGGAGCUAUCAGUAUAUCGGCAAUCCAGUGGCUAUGCCAUGCUAAUGCUGGUGACCAGAAUCCGAAGCGGCGUCUACAUCGAUUUUUUCAAACUCUCUACGGUUGCUUGGGUCGAGGGACAAGAGCAGUGUUCCAGUUUUAUCCAGAAAAUGAGCAACAGUCGGUAUUGAUAAUGUCCCAAGCUACAAAAGCAGGAUUCAAUGGAGGACUCGUGAUAGACUAUCCGAACAGCGUAAAGGCAAAGAAGGUUUACCUCGUCUUAAUGACUGGAGGCAUCGCUCAGCUACCGAAAGCUCUCACUGGCGAAGAAGAAAUGAUGCAGCGUCAUGGUCAAGUAGAAAAUACCGGCAGAGGGUUCACGAUGCCCCACAAAGGUGAGAAAAAGCCUCAGAAAGGCACCAAAGAGUGGAUUCAAAAGAAGAGGGAACGCAUGCUUAAGCAAGGAAGGACUAUACGACACGAGUCAAAAUAUUCUGGACGGAAAAGGAAGCAAAAGUUUUAGCUCCCUUACACUUUGUUUUUACCAUUAUGUACCAUUGAAUUGUUGAUUUGUGUUGCCCUUGAUGUCUGCGUUUGUUGUUGUCUGUUUAGAUUGCAGUCAGAAAUGUUUGCACAAGAGAUCUUUAUUUCAUUGAGCGUUUCUGGAUUCCGAGAUGUCUCACAUCUUUCAAAUAUACAAGAGCUAAUAAAAUACGUUGUUAAGA